AUGCAGAUUGACUAUUCUCGAUUUGAUCAUAUAGACACUUCGGACAGUGAGGCAGGCGAUCCAACAGCACCGUCGCAACUUCCUCUGGCAUCCGACCGUCCUCCUGGCCCACCUGCCAAUGUUUUGGACGAUUUGGAAGACUAUUUCCAUCGCCUUGACGCACGUCGAUCUGAGCUAGAAGCCGGACUGAAUGCCGGCUCGGACGAGGAAUCUACGCCAGUCCCGUCGGUGGAGCGCUUCGAUGAUGCAGAUUUUGCAGAACUACUCCGCAGCCGAACUGACAGCAACGCUGAGUGUGCAAUUUGUCUUGCAGAUUUGUCACCUGACGAGGAGGCGCUGGAGUUACCUUGUGCUGCGCGCCACACCUUCCAUGAAGAGUGCGCUCGGUCGUGGCUAUCACGGAACGUGACCUGCCCACUUUGCCGGGUGGAUGUUCGUGGGAUUGUCCGACGUCGUGGUGGCCAAUCGCAGGCAUCUGGACCACCAGCCGCCAAUGAGUCCCAAGAUUCGCCCCGUGCCUUCGGUUACACCAGAGAUGGAGGUGUGAUCUUGCGAUACGAUCCGAGGCCGCCGCCAGAAUUGCCGCGUCCGCUGUACAUACCAUUCGACCUUCACCAUGCCGCGGAACUGGUGGAAAUUCAAUAUCCUGACAGGGGGACAGCCCGAGUUUGGCGGGUUCCACGGAACCAAUAG